AUGCACAAUGUUUUGUUAGGCGUGUUCCGUACAAUCCUAAAACACUGGUUAAAUAGUUUCGCUAUAACUUGUCAUUUGAAUGGCGUCGUGACAGGAGGCCGGAAAAAACAGAUUUGCUGUGAUUUUGAACGAACUCCGAGACCUUUAACGGAUUUAAAGUGGUUUAAAGCUACUGAAUUACGUCUUAUGUUACUUUAUUUUGGACCAUUUAUCUUCGUUGAUAUGCUAGAUAAACGAUAUUACAAACAUUUCAUAAAACUGCAUAGCGCCAUACGUAUACUUUGUCAUCCAACACUACAUUGCACCAUGAAUAAUAUUGCAAAGAACAUACUAGAAGCAUUCGCCAGAGACUUUAUGAGUUUGUAUGGAGAACAGUUUUUUGUAUACAAUUUUCAUCUAUUAACGCAUUUAGCAGACGAUUGUAUGUUACAUGGUAAACUAGAUGAUUUCUCCGCAUUCCCGUUCGAGAAUUAUCUUCAAACAAUGCUGCAUUACAUCGAAAAAGCUCCAUACCCGUUACAACAAUUUAGAAACCGAUUCAGUGAGCAUAUAAGUAACUAA